UUUGGACGGCAUAUAAAAAGUCCGCAAGAUUCAAGUGCGGUACAUUCAACUUGAGGUUUACUCACGGUGAAGUCACGCAUCUCAUCUAGAAUGGCUUUCAAGCUGGUAGUGCUGGUGUGCGCGAUCGCGUCUGUACGUGCGGGAGUGGUUGCCCCCGCCGUGUACUCGCACGCCGCCCCCGUGGCCUACGCCGCUGCACCCGUGGUGCACGCCGCCCCGGUCGCGCACGCCGCCCCAGUAGCCUACCACGCCGCCCCCGUCGCCUACGCCGCACCCGUCGCUAAGGCCGUCGCCGUCGCCCCCCUCGCCAAGGUCGUUGAAGACUUCAACGCGCACCCGCAGUACAGCUUCGCGUACGACGUUCAGGACGGACUUACCGGCGACUCUAAGACCCAGCACGAGUCUCGCGACGGCGAUGUCGUCAAGGGCUCCUACUCCGUUGUGGACCCCGAUGGCACCAAGCGCACCGUUGAAUAUACCGCUGAUGAUCACAACGGCUUCAACGCGGUCGUGCACAAGGAGCCACUCGCCGUCAAAGUAGCCGCCCCCGUGGUCGCUAAAGUCGCCACUCCGGUAGCCUACCACGCCGCCCCCGUCGCUCACGCCGCCCCUGUCGUGCACGCCGCCCCUGUGGUGCACGCUGCUCCCGUAGCUUAUUCCGCCCCUGUUUACCAUCACUCGCACCUGACUGCACUCAACAACCCAUCCUCAACAACAAUGGCCUUUAAGUUGGUCGUCUUCUCCUGCCUUGUAGCCUUCGCUAAGGCUAGCGUGGCCCCAGUAGCAGUAGCUGCUCCCCUCGCAGCGGCGCCCGUGGUCGCGGCGGCGCCAGUAGCGGCGCGACUCGAGGAAUUCGACCCUCUGCCGCAGUACCGCUUCGGAUACGAUGUGGCGGACUCACUCACCGGCGAUUACAAGAGCCAGACGGAGCAGCGCGACGGCGACCUGGUGCAGGGGCAGUACUCGCUGGUCGACUCGGAUGGCACGCGUCGCGUCGUAGAUUACUCGGCCGACCCAGUAAACGGGUUCAACGCUGUCGUGCGCAAGGAACCGCUCGUAGCCGCUGCGCCCGCUGUUGUCGCGGAACCCGCCGUCGUGCCCGCGCGCAUCGCCGCUGCUCCAGUGGUAGCCCAGCCCGCCUACGCCCGCUACGCUGUCGCCCCUGCCGCUUACACAGCUCCCGUCGCGAGAGUAGCCGCUUACACCGGCCCUGUGCCUGCCGCUUACACCGCGCCUGUGGCGGCCGCUUACACAGCCCCGGUCGCCAGGGUGGCCGCAUAUUCUGCACCGUUCGCGUACAGAUACGCCGCCCCAGCACCGAUCGUAGCCGUAUAAGGAUCUGCUCUCAUCGACAACUUAUUUUACAACUAUG